AUGAUUGGUCUAUUACCUUUGGUCGAAAGAGCAGGCGCUAAAACAACGAAGAGAAUACGAGAUCCACUGAGAUCAAGACUCAAGACUCAAGAGGGAAAAAGAAACAAACUUACCAUCCAACAGAAAUCCUCAGAAACCUCUACAGGCUUUCCAGAAUUCCAGUAUGCAGCUGACGGUAGAAUUCGGUUAACCAUGAAAGAUUUACUUGCUUGGAUUCGUAUUAAUUUGAUCAAGGAGAGGCCUGAAAUGUUUAUGAAAGGAGAUUCCGUGAGACCUGGUGUUUUAGCCCUUGUGAAUGAUUGUGACUGGGAGCUUACUGGUCAACUUAAUGCAACGUUAGAGGAGAAGGAUGUGGUUGUUUUCAUUUCAACCUUGCACGGGGGAUUGCAUCUAUAUCACUGUUGUAUCUAUAGCUCAUGAAGGCAUACCUUACUAGCCAGCCAACCAUCUUCAACUUAGAUGAUCUGUCACUGAAUGUAUUCAGCUAUGUGACCCCUCCCCAAAUUGGAGGUGAUAACAAAAUCUGAUCUUGAAGAAUGAUUAUUCCUGUUAUAACUAUAAUUAAAUUGAAUUGCUGUU